AUGGCCGAUCAAGCUACCAUUCAGAACGAGCAGCAAGCUCCAGCUGUUGUGCCUGCACCCGUUGCUGCAGAAGGCGCCGAGGAGCUCAACCCGGACGGAACCCCUCUUUCAGACAACCAAAAGAAGAAGCGAGCUGCCAAAGCCGAAAAGGAGCGCAUCAAGGCCGAGAAGGCGGCUAAGCUUGCCGCCGAAAAGGCUGCUCGUGAAGCUGCCGAUGUCGACUUUGCCUCGCAGAACUACGGCAAGCUGCCGCUCAACAUGUCGCAGGAGCGCGCUGGUCGCAAAUUUACCAAGAUCUCCGAAAUCAGUCCAGAGCGUGACGGCGAACACAUUGUCCUGUCUGCACGUGUUCAGACCAGUCGUGCUCCCUCGGCCAAGCUCGUCUUUCUCACCUUCCGCCAGGGUGUCGACUGUGUUCAAGCUACCCUUGCGCAGACUCCCGAAAAGGUUUCGCGUCAGAUGACCAAGUGGGCGGCUGGCCUUGCUGCCGAGACCAUCGUGCUCGUCGAGGGCACCAUCGUCAAGACGCCCAAGCCGGUCGAGUCCAACACGGUCACGGUCAAGGAUGCCGAGAUCAAGAUCUCCAAGAUCCACUCUACUAGUGAGAUCGCUUUCGAACAACUUCCCUUUGGUGUCGACGACGCUACACGAUCCGAGGUCGAGAUCCAGGCUUCGCAGCAGACCGAUCGUCCUCUUCCGCCCAUUGCGCUCGACACUCGCCUCGAUAACCGAGUGCUCGACUUGCGAACUACCACGAACCAGGCCAUCUUCCGCCUCACCCACGGCGUUUGCAAACUCUUCCGCGAGUACCUCGACAGUCUGGACUUUGUCGAGAUCCACACACCCAAGCUGCAAGGUGCUGCCACCGAGAGCGGCUCGUCUGUCUUCAAGGUAUCGUACUUCAAGGGCCAGGCUUUCCUUGCGCAGAGUCCUCAGCUGGCCAAGCAGAUGGCGAUCGCGGCCGAUUUCGGUCGUGUGUACGAGAUUGGUCCCGUCUUCCGUGCCGAAGACUCCAACACUCACCGACACAUGACCGAGUUCACGGGUCUUGAUCUCGAAAUGGCGUUUGAUGAGCACUACCACGAGGUUGUCGACGUCCUUGACGGACUAUUCACUUUUAUUUUCCGCGAACUUCCCAAACGAUACCGCAAAGAAAUCGACGCAGUAAAGCGUCAGUAUCCUUGCGACGAGUUCUUGCUUCCCGAAAAGACGGUUCGUCUGCAGUACAAGGAUGCCAUCGCUCUGUUGCGCGAGAACGGCAAGGAGCUUGGCGACCUUGAGGAUCUCUCGACCGAGAUGGAGCGAACCCUGGGUGGGUUGGUGCGCGAAAAGUACAAGACCGACUUUUUCAUGCUCGACAAAUUCCCGCUCGAAAUCCGUCCUUUCUACACGAUGCCCGACCCGGCGGACAACAAGUACUCGAACUCGUACGACUUUUUCAUGCGCGGUCAGGAGAUCCUCUCGGGAGCACAGCGUGUCCAUGACGCUGCGUUCUUGGAAAAGAGGAUGGCAGAGUUCGGCAUUCCUGUUGAAAGCAUGAAGCACUACGUCGAGGCUUUCAGGUUGGGAUGCCCUCCUCACGCCGGUGGUGGUAUCGGGUUGGAACGUGUCGUCAUGUUCUACUUGGGUCUAGGUAACAUUCGAAGGGCUAGCAUGUUCCCAAGGGACCCUAAGCGUCUUGACCCUUGA